CCCUUCUCCAACCGCCAACGGCCGCCUGCGCCUGAGGCCCGGCCCGCGCCCCAUCCCGCUCGCUCCACGCUGCGGCAGCCGGGGCGGCCCCAGGUGCGCGGCCCCCGCCAUCCUGCCCCGCCGCCCUGCGCCAUGGAGGAGGGCCCUCUGCCGGGCGAGCUGCCCAGCCCCGAGGAUGCGAUGGUGACGGAGCUCUUCAGCCCCGAGGGUCCGUUCGUUUCGGAGAACAUUGGCCUGAAGGCCCCCGUGAAGCACGAGGAGGACGAGUUCCACGUCUUCAAAGACAAGUACCUGGGCCCGGCGGACACCAAGGAACCCCUCCUGCACGCGUUCAACCCCGCGCUGGGCGCCGACUGCAAGGGCCAGGUCAAGGCGAAGCUCGCGGGGGGCGACAGCGACGGCGGAGAGCUUCUCGGGGAGUACCCCGGGAUCCCCGAGCUCAGCGCGCUGGAGGACGUCGCGCUUCUGCCGGACCCGCAGCCGCCUGCCAGCAACGUGCACUUCCUGUCCUCGCUGCUCCCCCCGCACCGCAGCCCGGCGGUGCUACCCCUGGGCGCCUGGGUCCUGGAAGGAGCCGCCCACCCGGGCGUCCAGGUGAUCCCGGUUGAAAGCAAGGAAGCAGGUGGUACUAUUACAAGUAAUAAUCCAGAAGAAGCAACUUUCCAGAAUCUUCUUGCUCAGGAAUCCUGUUGCAAGUUCCCAUCGUCCCAGGAACUAGAGGACGCCUCCUGCUAUUCUCUUAAGAAAGAUUCCAACCCAAUGGUGAUAUGCCAAUUGAAAGGGGGCACGCAAAUGCUGUGUAUAGACAAUUCUGGAACAAGAGAACUAAAAGCACUCCAUUUGGUUCCUCAGUAUCAAGAUCAAAAUAAUUAUCUACAGUCAGAUGUCCCUAAACCAAUGACUGCUUUAGUAGGGAGAUUUUUGCCAGCAUCAACAAAAUUAAAUCUCAUUACACAAAAACUUGAGGGAGCCUUACCAUCGGUAGUCAAUGGGUCUGCUUUCCCCUCGGGAUCAACUCUUCCAGGACCACCAAAAAUAGCUUUGGCUCGGUACUGUGACUGCUUUGCCAGUGGGGACUUUUGCAACAACUGCAAUUGUAAUAAUUGUUGCAACAACUUGCAUCAUGAAAUUGAACGGUUUAAAGCCAUUAAGGCAUGUCUUGGUAGAAAUCCAGAAGCUUUCCAGCCAAAAAUUGGGAAGGGCCAACUGGGCGAUGUCAAGCCCCGGCACAACAAAGGGUGCAGCUGCAGGAGGUCAGGCUGCCUGAAGAAUUACUGCGAGUGCUAUGAGGCCCAAAUUAUGUGUUCUUCUAUUUGCAAAUGCAUUGAUUGCAAAAAUUAUGAAGAAAGCCCAGAACGAAAGACACUAAUGAACAUGCCAAACUACAUGCAGACUGGAGGUUUGGAAGGCAGCCAUCAUCUGCCACCAGGACUUCCAAAAUUCAGUCAAGAUAGGCGGCCUUCCUCAUGCAUCUCCUGGGAGGUGGUGGAGGCCACAUGCGCCUGCCUGCUGGCUCAGGGAGAAGAGGCCGAGAAAGAACACUGCUCCGAGUGCCUGGCAGAGCAGAUGAUCCUGGAGGAAUUUGGAAGGUGCUUAUCACAGAUUCUCCACACUGAGUUUAAAUCCAAGGGGUUGAAAAUGGAGUAGAGUAUAAAGUGUGAAUGCAUGUUGAUUUUGUCUUAGUCUAGAAAUCUCUAGUUUAGAAAGGUUGUUUAGGGGAACAUGAGGCCGGCUCUGCAGCAACAACCAGGCUCCCCUGCAUCCCUGGGCCCAGGAAGUUUACUCAGAGCUCUCUGAAGAUGUGGCAACCCAUGCCCCCUUUUCUGAGGAGGUGUGUGGCCGGAGCACUGUUUGUCUGGCCCAGAGGAGAGAGCUUGGGUUCCUGUAGUACUGGGAGAGCGUCUGCAGGGCAGCGGAGGGUAGGGCAGGGGAGGGCAGAGCAGGCCCUGUGGAGGGCAGGGCAGGCCCUGAGGAGAGCUCACUCUGGUCGACUCUUCCUCUUGGAGAAUGUUGCUCUGGAGUCUGCUCUGCAUAAAAACCCUAAUGGUUUCUUGUUUGUUUUUCAAAUUAUUUAGAAAUAAAUUCUCUAGAUGGGCUGUUAUGAUACCACUUAAAAUCUCUAGAGAACUACUGAACACCCAAAGAUUUUCUGUAGUGUAGACAUUUCCCCAGAGGCCUGCGAACUGUCAGUCUUUCUAAGGCCCCCGGGAGACGCAGGCAAUGGGGCCUCGCAGGCCAGCCUUGCACCAGCAUGUCUUGAGUUAGCGGACUUAAAAUUAUCUAAUUUCUUCUGUGUUUCUACUUGAAUUGUGGAAAGCUCUAUUAUCCAAUUAACUUCUCCAUAAUUAUUGUUGUAAUAUUAUUAUUGUUUGUAAAAUAUGGUUCACAUAACUAGCUUGUGGAAACCAGCAGGUAAAAUGAAUUCUUAAGUUGACGCUAUUGGUUCUGUUGUAAAGCAAAAAUGAGUAAAAAUUUCCAAUGUCUUCAA